CUCAAUGUCGCCGUCGACCACGCCCCCUGCAGCCGCCGCCCCAGCAUCCGCCGCUGCCCCCGCGGCCAACGCCGACGCCAACGGCGCGUCCGGCCCCCACCCCGCCCUCCCCCCCGAAGCCCUCGACCUCGCCGCCAAGCUCUUUGACCUCGCGCGCGCCGGCGACGCCUCCCUCCUGCCCUACGUCGACGCGGGCAUCCCCGCAAACCUGACGAACAGCGCGGGCGACACACUCCUCAUGCUCGCCGCAUACCACGGGCACGUGGAGCUCGUGCGCGGCCUCCUCGCGCGCGGCGCGGACCCCGACGCCGUGAACGGCAAGGGGCAGGCGCCGAUCGCGGGCGCCGUGUUCAAGGGCCACGAGGGGGUGGUGCGUGCGCUCUUUGACGCCGGCGCGGACGUCACGGCCGGACAUCCGAAUGCGCGCGAUUGCGCGGUCAUGUUCAGGAGGGAGGAUUAUGUGCAGCUCUUCGCGUCGCGGUCGUGAUUGUAGGUGGAAGGAUGGAGAGGGCUGAUGGCAGAGAGUACAAGUCGGAGAAUGGAUCAGUAGGACUUUAGGUGGAUGGAUGCCACAACGAGUGGCGCUUGUGUCACAUGGGACGGAGGAGCAGAUGCACAUGCACAACUC